CCGCCCUGGCUGCCCCGCGCCCGCAGCCCCUCCUUGUGGAUGGGGGGCCACUCCUACGGCCUCGGGCAUCCGGCCCUGCACCAGAACCUGCCUCCCGGCUUCCCUGCCUCCGUGCCGGGCUCCAUGCCCCCCGUCUUCCCCCUGUCCCAGGACACCCCCACACAGCUCGUCAUCCUGCCCUCGGAGCCCACGGCGCACGCUGCUCCCCAUACGCUGGCCGAUGUCAUGGACCAGGCCUCGCUGUGGCCCCCCAUGUAUGGGGCGCGGGGCCCCGCCCCCCAUAUGCAGCACCCGGGCCAGCUCCCCGUGUAUGCGCGGCCCCAGUUUCUGCGACAGCCCGAGCUGUACACCCUGCAGCAGCCGCAGCCCGCGGCGCGCGCUGAAGAACUCCGCGAAGACGUCGGGGUGGUGGCGGCCCGCCACGUGCAGCAGCUGGCAGCCCACGCGCCCAGCCGCCGGGGCCACCCAGGCACCCGCGGGAGGCAGCGGCCUCGGGAAGGGAAGGAGACCCCACCAGCGGCCUUUUCUUCCUGA